AUGCAGCACGCAGAUGCAUUGGAACGCAUGGAGUGUGCUCCACAUCCAAUCCACAAAGACUCUCUGGCUGAUGCUUUGUUUCGUGAUCGUGAGUGGUAUGCUGUCAUGGCGAACUCCAAGGCGAAGGCGUUGAAAACUUCUCUGCAGAAGUUGAUGCAAUUUGUGAAUUGUUUGGGUGGCGUGCCCGAUGUCAAGCAUGGUAUGGGCAUCCGAAGCAAUGGCACGACUGAGCUGGAUCGGACAUGGAGUCACGCAGAUACUGGACGAAUUUUUGCGGCGCAAAAGCAAUAUUUGGAAUACAUUGCCGGUGCAGAAACUGUGGAUGCUGAUAUGGAGGAUGUUUUUGCGGAGAACAGCUUCACUGAGUUGGAGACCUUGGAUCCUUUUCUGAUGUCAUUGAAUGACCGCAAGCUGUCACCACGGGACUAUGCAUUGGAACUCGUGAAGGAAUAUACGUUGAACAAGCAACAAGUGUUGGCCAUCGCGCCCGUGGUCUGUGCCAUCCAAGACAUGUUUGAGCAUCGUUCCAAUCCGAUGUCUCAUAUUGCCGAUGGCUCCUCCCGUGAGAAGUGCAACUGCUUGUGGCUCGGUGCAGGUGGAUCAGGGAAGACUUGGGCUUACACCAAGGUGAUCCGACCUUUGCUACAACGCUUCUUCGGAAGCAAAGGAUACAUUGUCGGUGCCCCGACGCAUGCCGCAGUUCGUCUCCUUGGACCCGAAGCUCGCACGUUGCACAAGUGGGCCAAUGUCAACCCCAAUCAGGGCAUGGACAGAAAGGACAUCCGCUCCGCCAAGUCCAAGGGGGAUGCCAUUGAAUCGCAGAUCUUGAAUGCCAAGGCUGGAAUCUUCGACGAGAUGUCCAUGACUCCGCCGGAUGUGUACCAUGCCAGUGGGUACAGAUUCUCAAUCUUGCGACAAGAGUCACAGCAGCUGGAUUUGGAGAAAUAUCUGCAAGAGUGGUUCGGUGCUCUGCCGAUUGGCAUCCAAUUGGGCGAUUUCCUUCAGUUGCGUCCAGCCAUGCAAAAGUCGCUUUGCGAGUGGGUGAAGCCAGUAAAUCCCACGAUGGAUGCAACACUUCCAGAUGAAGAUGACGAGUCCAGGGACGUCAGCAACGCGUCCGAGCUUGGAAGGUUGCUGUUCAAGAACUCGCUGGGCAAAGUGGUGCACUUCACCGGCACCGGUCGUUUCUCCGACUGCACUUCUGGAAAGCAACUGGUGGCUUUGUUGUCCAGCAUGCGGAAUGGCACCGAGAUCCCGGAUGCCUUGCGGGACGCCUUGCAAGAGCGCAAAUUUGAAGUUGGCAGCCACAAGACCCUGGACUUGAAGAAGCAAUUGCUCCUGGCCCAUUGGGGCGGUUUUGCAUGGGAGGUGGUGGCGCGCCUGCAACAGUUACGUGCUGCGCUUGAAGCGAAGAAAGCCAACAAGAUGUUGUACUUGAUUCAAGCCAUUGAUCGACCCACUGGUGGCCAAGCUCUCAGCAAAGAGCAAACGUUGUCGGCUCUGCAAGUGGUCAACAUGACAAACACGGGCUAUUUGAUUGGCAUGUGUCCUGUGUUCGAGGGUAUGCAGGCCCGCAUCACCUGCAUCCUCAAGGAGCCUAUGUUGACGAGAGAAUUGCCGGUCACCAUUCGACAAGUACAACUGCAUCCUCGUGAGCAAGGCAUCGCUGGAGACGAAGGAUUCCAAGUUUUGCAGUAUCAACCGCUGGCUAUUUUGGUUGAAAUUGAUGACCCCGAAUACAGAAACUACAAAGUGCCAGGUUGUGAUGCACCGGCGGGUCACUUUUAUCUCCGUGCUGUCACCUGUGAAGGUUCCUGGUCGCUGCAGAUUGGACACAAGCAGUACAUCAAAAUUGUGCGCAAGCAGUUUCCACUGGCUCCCAGAAACGUUCUGACGCACUUCGGAUUGCAAGGUGUCACUGCGCGGCAAGGACUUGUUGCAUUCUUGAGCAAGCCAGCGUGGAUGUCCAAUUCUGAUUAUGGGCUGGCUAUGUAUGUGAUGUUGUCGCGUGCCAGAAAAUUGGAAGAUUUGCAUUUGGUUGAUUUGCCUGAGCGACACAUCUUUGAAAAGUUUUUGCAUGAGCACAAUCCUUUGUUGGUCGAAAGAAUGCGCACCUUUGAGGCACAAGCUUUGCAAGAUGAGACCAAUGCGCUUCGAUAUAUCAAGCGUUUGGACUGGCACCAGCAGGAAUACGUUCAAAAUCUGUUUCCAAGACUCGCAGAAGAGCCAACUGUGCGGCAUCGAAUCCGUGGCAAACGGACCGUCCCACAGUGA